GAGCCUUUCUGGCUUUCCGGUCGCGUUUUUCGAACAAUGUUGUGCAUGGCAAGAGAAGUGAUACCGCGUCCUGUAUCUUGUCCUUGGCACCUCGUUCAGGCUGGUGCCAAGGACAAGAUCGAAGGGGAUUACCCUCUCAUCUACUGGCGUAACGCCCUACGUAGAGUGUAUAAAUGCUGAACAGAGGUCGACAGAAAGCUCCAAGCUCAUUCGCUUCCUCGUCAUUUCCUGCUCUCUCGAAUCGACCUCGAUACAUCUACGAUGGCAUUUGCAAAUAUUUUUCCGCUUGUAGCUCUCGCACUGUCCGCCGUCAAGGCCGCUCCUACCUCUCAAGAGGCUGUCUGUUCUGACGGUACUCGCGUCACUAACAGUAUUUGCUGCGAUUUUAUUCCACUUGCCCAAGAUCUUACCGAAACUCUGUUCGAGAAUCAGUGCGGUGAAACUGCCCAUGAGGUGCUUCGUCUCAGCUUCCACGAUGCUAUUGCCAUCUCUCAAUCCCUUGGACCUUCCGCUGGAGGAGGUGCUGACGGCUCCAUGUUGAUUUUCCCGGACGUCGAACCCAACUUCGCUGCCAAUCUUGGUAUCUCCGACAGUGUCAAUGACCUCGCUCCAUUCCUGGCUUCAGGAAAGUUCCCGACUAUUACCGCAGGAGAUAUGAUCCAGUUUGGUGCCACAGUCGCUGUUGGUCUGUGCCCUGGUGCACCUCAAUUAGAGUUCCGGGCUGGACGACCUAAUGCUACUGCUCCUGCAGUCGACGGUUUGAUCCCUGAACCCCAAAACACGGUCGACGAAAUUUUGGCGCGUUUCAAAGACGCGGCAAACUUGGACGCUGAAGACAUCGUUUCUUUGCUUGUUUCGCACACAGUGGCUCGAGCUGACCACGUUGAUCCCACUCUGGACGCUGCACCUUUUGAUUCGACUCCUUUCACUUUUGACUCACAAUUUUUCCUCGAGACUCUCUUGGUCGGUGUUGGGUUCCCCGGAACUCCCAACAACACUGGUGAAGUCUCAUCCCCUCUUCCCCUCACCGACGGCGUGAACGUUGGAGAACUCCGACUCCAGUCCGACUUUGAACUCGCUCGUGACCCAAGAACUGCCUGCUUCUGGCAAUCUAUGAUCAACCAGGAGGCUUUGAUGGCAGCGAGGUUCAAAGCUGCUAUGGCCAAGAUGGCUGUCAUUGGACACAACCCGAACGACUUGAUUGAUUGCUCUGCUGUCGUUCCGAAGCCCGUUCCUGCUUUGGGCAUCCCCGCGACUUUCCCGGCGACGAAGACCAAGGCCGACGUUCAACAAGCCUGCCCCGAGCCCUUCCCAAAUCUCACAACUGACCGUGCUCCAAGGGAAACUGAGAUUCCUCACUGUCCUGACAACGAAGCGACUUGCACUUCUUAAGUGAAUCGGUCGUUCUUUUUGAAUUAUGGAGUCGCUGCAGAUGCGAGUCGAGACGGUUGGAUAGUUUGUACCGUUACAGAUAGAAUAAAUCAUCAUGGGAACUGCCCUCGACACAAAGCACAAUAAUAAAACUUAC